AAUUUUGGCGAUGAAGAUUGGCAAGAGUUAUUAGAAGGAAAUAGAAUUUUUUUAGAGUAUGAAAAAAUUUCAGUAAUUUUUCACAUAAAUAAAUUCACUUUUCACUCGAUUGGCAAAAUUCUUCCUGAAAUAUUCAUCCCCACCACCGUUUAGUUUUCCCGCGCGAAAGUUGUAGGUCAGUGUCAUAGGUCAGUGUCCAAACAAUCGAUUCAGUGAACAAAAUGUUGUGAAAUUGAGCCAUAAAAAUCGCGAAUAAUUAGAAUAAUUAAUUCUAAAUACGUCCAAGAACUGAUAAUGUUCAUAAAGAGAAGGAGAAUAUCCUUAAGAGACUGAAUACGACCCUCCACCAGGUAUUUAUGUUGCAUUCCCUGAAACAUAACCUCACCAAAGAUGUCAGUAUCGCCAGGAUCUUGGCUUUUCUCCUGAUUUUGUUCACAAAAACGAAAUAAUCACCGAUAAUUAUCAAUCUAACUAAUUGUAAAGCCGAAAUACUCUUGAUAUUACUCGAAAAAUGGGGAUCGACAACCCCAGGAGAGCCCCAGAGGCUCUGUCCACCCCAUCGCCGAGCAGUUCUCCCCGCAAAUGUAACUUGUCAUUCUGCUUCAAUUUCGACGUCGACGGAAUCGACAGCGACACGACAACCGACUCUGAGACUCCCGGUCUCCAGAUCGACGUCUCCGAGGUGAUAAAUUACCAGAAAACCCGCAAACGAAAGUACGUAGAGAUUGAAGAGACAUCGGCGAUCGACGAAAUGGAGGAAGAAAUUGAACGACAGUUGGAUGCUAAAGCAGCAAAAACAAACUUAACAGCGACCAACGUGAAAAACAUCCUCAAGCAUGUCAUCACCAACGAGCACGUCCUGGCGAUGGUUCAGAACAGCGUUCACAACACUGAAGAGGGUGCGAUAUUCGAGCCAAAAUUGACACGAGCAAAGGCGAAGGAGCUGGCAAUGGCACAGCCCAACAUUCCCUGGCCAAUGACACCAGUCAAGAAACCUGGCUCGUCGGAGGUUCAGGCCCUCAUCAGUGAAGAUUUCCACGAGGACUCCUCCGACGAAGAGUACCACCCGGAUCACGACCAACAGAGUGAGGAUGAGGGGGAUCAGUUGAUAAAUAGUGACGUUGAUUCAUCUCCAGCAACCUCAGCCCCUCAGCUUGAGGCCCAGGUUCAACCUGAAGGAUCCCCUCGGAAUCGAUUGGCGCAGGUGAACGUACACUACGACGAUGAGGGUGUCUUCAAGAUCCCCUCGAUUCCCCAUGUACCCACUGAGGAAGAGAACAUUGGCCAGAGGACGAGGUCCAAGUUGUCGUUAAGUGAAACACCACUGGAGCACAUCGAACAGGCUUUCAUUCCCCCUGACAUCACCACUGACAUGUACGACUGGGACUGUGACAUGGACGAGGAGUGGAACAAGUUCUUGACCGAAUUCACCCAGCCCCUGCCCCAUGAACCGAACGGUGAGGACGACCCUGAAGCGGAUCCAGAGUACAACAUCUUGGAUGACAGGGAGAGCGAAACGCUGGACAAGGAGGAGAUCAGGGACGAUAAGGCGGUGAAAGUCUCGAGGAAAGAGCUCAAAGAUCUCGUGGCUGAGCUGUUUGAGUUCGAGGACAUGUUCGCGAAGGGGGAGAUUCAGGAGGAACUCGAGGGGUCCAAGAAGAGGAAGAGUUUGGAGACCUCUGUGAGUUCAGUGCAUAAUAAUUCAACUGACAAUCCAAUGGUGAAUCUUCUACCAGCUCUGGCUGAGCCAGAACUCCCCAAGAUCGUGAGCUUCGAGCACAGCAAUCUCAUUGCCAUUCAGUUUCAACAGCAUGUCCAACUGAUGGUGCAGCACUUCGUGAUGACCUACCAACAUCCGGAGCUACAUUCACACUCGAUAACUUGCAAAGACAAUUUAAAUAGUAUUAAUUUCCUUCGCACUGGUGAUCAUUCAGCGUUCAAUGUCCUGAAUCUCCCUGAUGCGCUGGUAUUGGCGAACGAUUGGGAGGAAAAAUUCAGGGAUGAGAAAUUUCAAGCGGAGUACAAAGACAUGCAGGAGAAUGAGAUAAAAAUAAAUCGCCUGAGGGCAUCGAAAAAGCUCGGCUAUACUCCGAAAUUCCACCCUGAAAUGAUUAAACUCUUCAUGGAGAGUCGAGCACUCAUGUAUCCAGAGUUACUACCCCACGUACCCAUGAAGGAGCCUCCGAGAACAGGUUUUAAGACUCUGUAUUCAAAAUCAGAGGAGCACUUGCUGGCUCUAGGCCUCGAACAAUUCAUCCCCUUCCAUGAAUCACGACAACGGAAAUUCUCGCUCAAGAGGAUGAUCCUCAUGGAUGCCACCCAGUCUAUCUCUGAGUUUCUGAUGCCAGUUAGGAGCUCCAAGGCUUUGUAUGGGCAUGUGAAUCACCUACGCGGUGCUGGUGACGAUAAUCCGGUCGGUUACUAUUUCAAAAAUGGGUAUGUUCCCAGCAGAAUUCAUUGCAUUGCGUUGGACAAUACUGCAAGGGCUCCAAAGGAUCAACCAAAGAGUUCACUGCCUGCCGUGUGGCAGGAAAUAUCUAGUAAGAAGAACUCUCCAAAAGAACCCCUCACGACGUCAUCAACCUCCCUCAUCCGAUGUCUCUCAGAAUCAACCGACAACAUGAUAAUCGAUGCGAGUUUCUUAUCGCCCCUGAUUCACAUGCUCCCUAACAUGCCAACCCUGGACCAAACUCCCCCAAAGCGUGUCUCAGACCCCGCUAAAGAAGCAUCACCCCUCCAGGAGCACCCCCAGAGUUCCCCACAGCUGCGCCAGAUGACUCCGCGGCUGGCAAAAAUCCGAAGUGCCCAAAAUAUGAAGCUAAUGACCCAGGUGUCAGGCCCCAAGAGUUCUCUCAGUCCCUCGGUAAAAUCACGCGCAAAAGACGACUCCCCGAAGACCCCAGAAAUCUCCUCCGAGCAAUCCCGCGGUGACAACGAGGACGAGAUAGCGGAGCUGAUGCUAGCGAGCACAACAAUUCGAAAGGACUCAGUGAACCGAAAGAAAGCAAAGGAAGCCAGAGAACUGGAGAACAUAAAGAGACUGAUGGAGGCUGAGACAGCCCUGGGUCAUGAGGAGCGCGUCACCAAGUUCGCAGCGUCCUGCAUCCAGAAAGUCCACAUGACCCUGGAGGCCUCCAACCCAGACCUGCUAAAGACAAUAAUCAAACUCUUCACGGACUACAGCGAGAAAAUGGAAGGUGCGAAGCAGAUGACUGAGGACCUCCAGGAUAAAUUGGCAAUCGACUUUUAUAGAGGAGUCUGCAGCGCCCUUGCGGACUACCCAGAGCUCUCCUCUGACUUCGUCUCCUUCCUGAAGCCCCACCAGGCCGUGAUGAUGGACAAGUUCAAGGAGCACACCAUGUCCAAGAAAAUGGCUGAAUUCAUGAACGUAGCGCAGGUCUAUUUCGCGAAGCAGCCAGCCAGGAUGACUCGUCUGAUGCAAGCGAUCACUCAGUUAGCUGCCGAGUCGUCUCCCAGUCUGGAGGGGGUGCACAGUGUCAUGGAUCCAGUGCUGAAGGGACACUCCCUCCCCAUGGACAUGUUUCUGCAGUGUAUCCCCAGUGGGAAGCCACCUGAGAGCCUUUUUCUACCUCAUCUGUUUGAGAAUCUCACGUGCCCAGUGGGGCCUUAUGAUAAGAACAAAGUCUACACCGAGGAUUCAAUGGAGCUAUACGAGAAUGUAGAGCUGUCAACUCCUCCUACACAGGAUGAUCCUUAUGGGGGUGACAACUGCAAGUGUAUUUGCCAUGAGAAUAAUAAUUCUCCAUCGAAGACGAGUGGCUCCGAUCACUGCAUAUCCUGUGGGGUCAGGUACCUCAAUGGAAGGAUUUAUCUACAGACCUCUGAAGGACUGAGACCUGCCAAGGUCACGUUCCCAGGAGAUGAGGAGGAGAAGUUGGAGAACAUCGCGAGGGUGUCAUUGAAGACCAGUGAGCGAUGCACACCUACGGGCUCCACUGGGAGGAGGAGAAAGUCGUCGAAGAAUGAACCUGGGGGUGAGGAGGUCUCCCAGAAGUGUCCUGCCAAGAGCUCACCCCUGAAAGAGGGCGACGAAGGAAAGGCAAGACGCGGGGGAAAAUCUCCACCGAAGUACAUUGAUCACAGGAGAAUGUCUAAAUCCUCGGACACCAGCAGUUGCUCGGCACAGACCACUGAUCACUCUCCCAUCAAGAGCAAGAGGGAGAGGAGGGCUGAGAGGAGAGAGGCUAAGUCUGAUUCGAAAAAUUCUAUUUUGGAUGUUAAUAAGGGCAGUGAGGGACAGUUUGCGAACUCCCACGAUCAUGAGGAUGUGACGAGUAGAGCUGACGCGGUGGAGACGGAGGAGGAGGUCAGUAAGGUUGAUAAUAGUGAGGAUGAGGUGAAUGUGAGUGAACAGUUGGACAUGGAGAACAGCAAGUCUGACAGCGACAUGGUGGCUGAACCAGAGGAUGUGGAGAAACCCUGGUCUAGGCAAGAAGAUGCUGUUCUUCUGCAGCACGUGCAGAAGGAUUACUCAGAGAGAACUUUUGAGGUUGUCAGUGAGGUGUUGGAGGGAAGGUCGAUGGACCAAGUGAAGAGACGAUGUGAAGUACUACUUUCGUUGUUAGAAAAGAUUAUUUAGUUAGGGAAGUUUUUAAAUAUCUAUAUUUAAAAUUGUUGAAUGAAUUGAAUUAAAACGACGAGCGAAUUCUUGGUCA